AUGGCAGUGAUGGAAAAACUUGGGAAUGCUUCCUGGAUCCAACAGCAAGACCUGGAUGAUCCAUUCAAGAAAUACCUGAACAGCACUGAGGACUACCUGGCCUUCCUCUGCGGGCCUCGGCGCAGCCAUCUCUCCCUCCCUGUGUCUGUCGUGUAUGCACUGAUUUUCGUGGUAGGGGUCGUUGGCAAUCUCCUGGUGUGUUUGGUGAUUCUGCGGCACCAGAGUAUGAAAACACCCACCAACUACUACCUCCUCAGCUUAGCAGUCUCUGACCUCUUGGUCCUGAUUCUUGGAAUGCCCCUGGAAGUCUAUGAGAUGUGGCACAACUACCCCUUCCUCUUUGGGCCCCUGGGCUGCUACUUCAAGACCUCCCUCUUUGAGACUGUGUGUUUCGCCUCCAUCCUUAGUGUCACCACGGUCAGCGUGGAACGCUACGUGGCCAUCCUCCACCCGUUCCGUGCCAAACUGGAAAGUACCCGGCGGCGGGCACUCAGGAUCCUGGGCAUCGUCUGGUGCUUCUCCGUUCUCUUCUCUCUGCCCAACACCAGCAUCCACGGCAUCAAGUUCCACUACUUCCCCAAUGGGUCCCUGGUCCCAGGGUCGGCCACCUGUACGGUGGUCAAGCCCAUGUGGGUCUACAAUUUCAUCAUCCAGAUCACCUCCUUCCUCUUCUACGUCCUCCCCAUGAUUGUCAUCAGUGUCCUCUACUACCUCAUGGGGCUCAGACUAAAAAAGGAUAAAUCUUUUGAGCCAGAAGAAAUGAUUGCAAAUAUUCAAAGACCCUCCAGAAAAUCAGUCACCAAGAUGCUGUUUGUCCUAGUCUUGGUGUUUGCUAUCUGUUGGACUCCAUUCCAUGUGGACCGACUCUUCUUCAGCUUUGUAGAGGAAUGGACUGAAUCCCUGGCUACAGUAUUCAAUCUUAUCCAUGUAAUAUCAGGUGUCUUCUUCUACCUAAGCUCAGCUGUCAACCCCAUUAUCUAUAAUCUACUGUCUCGCCGCUUCCGGGCAGCAUUCCGGAAUGUGAUCUCUCCUUCCUGCAAACAGUGGCACUCCAGGAAUCACCCACAGGUACCACCUGCCCAACGAAACAUCUUCUUGACAGAAUGCCACCUUGUGGAACUGACAGAAGACGCAGGUCCCCAGUUCCCUUGUCAGUCCUCUAUCUGUCCAUCCCCAGCUCUCACCUCCCCAUAG